AUUUUGUUUAUAUAGCUUAUCCCACCCACUCCCAAAUUAAACAAAAAAUAACUUCAGAAUGAAAAUUGCCGAAUAAAAUUAUUUAAAUUUUUAUAGAUUACAGAAAAUAAAGGAUUGUAAAUUAAUUAUAAAUUAUCAUAGGAGAUGGUAGAAUUCCAGUGGCCUUGGGAGUACAAUUUCCCACCAUUUUUCACUUUUCAAUCCCACGGCAAAACAAAAGAGCAACAGCUAACAACAUGGAAAGCAUUGAUCCUGGGCUACCAGAAACACACCGGGAAAGCCAUCCUGAAUCUGAACGAAGAUGGACCGUUGUUCGUUAACGAAAGUAUUUCGCGAAAAUUGCCAUCCGAAGGGCGCCUGUGGCUACUAGAAGAGCUGGCCAAAUCCGGCAAUGCCGCUCCCGUAGACAAACGCAAACAACAGUGGGAGGUUUACUGGCACACACUGGACGAAUGGGGUGGUAUAAUUUACGGGUGGGCUGCAGCCAACGGAAUGACCAACACAGUCUGUACGAUCUAUGAGCUCGUGUCCGGAGAAAAUACCGUUGGCGAAGAAUUUCACGGGUUAGAUGAGGAUGUGUUCAAGAAAGCGUUGAAGCUACUGGAAACGAAAGGUAAAUGUGAGCUGAUAGCUUUCGACGAUAAUGAAGGUGUUAAAUUUUUCUAAUCAAACAGUGUAAUAAAACAAUUUGAAGAAAAAUCACGAUAGCCAUCAUUAUGAUGGAACAAUAUAAUGGAUAUUAACAUGUUUAUUAUUUGUAAAGCUUUAACAAAAGUGUUCUAAAAUAAAAAUAGCUCUACCACCAGCUAUUGAAAAUUAA